AAAAAAUAAUGCUGUUCGAUUGGUACUAGUUUAGAGAGAGAAAGAGGCGUGAUUCUCUGAGCGAGAUUUCUUCGCCGGCGUCUUCUCUCGCGUGAUCUAACAGCCAAAGAUUUCGCCGGAGAAGCGAUUUCAUCGGCUGAGAAUCCAUCGGAGGUUUGUUUUUCCGGUCGAAGCGAAGAUGGUGAACGCUAUGGUAGAGAGAGCGACGAGCGACAUGCUGAUCGGUCCAGAUUGGGCUAUGAACCUCGAGAUCUGUGACAUGCUCAAUAACGAUCCAGUGCAAGCAAAAGAUGUGGUGAAAGGCAUAAAGAAACGAAUUGGCAGCAAGAAUCCGAAAGUUCAACUUCUUGCCUUAACACUUCUGGAGACAAUAGUGAAGAAUUGUGGUGACAUGGUCCAUAUGCAUGUAGCUGAGAAGGGUGUGCUUCAUGAGAUGGUGAGGAUAGUCAAGAAGAAGCCCGACUUUCAUGUCAAAGAGAAGAUUUUGGUUCUUGUCGAUACAUGGCAAGAGGCAUUUGGUGGUCCUAGGGCAAGAUAUCCACAAUACUAUGCAGCAUACCAGGAAUUGUUGCGUGCUGGAGCUGUUUUCCCUCAGAGAUCCGAAAGGUCUGCUCCUGUGUUCACACCACCCCAAACGCAGCCUCUGUCAUCAUAUCCUCCAAAUAUUCACAAUCCUGGACCUCAUAAUGAUAUGCCUGAACCUUCAGCUGAGCCAGAUUUUCCAACGCUGAGUCUGUCAGAGAUUCAGAAUGCAAAAGGUAUCAUGGAUGUGCUUGCAGAAAUGCUGAAUGCAUUGGAUCCGGGAAACAAGGAGGGGCUUAAACAAGAGGUGAUUGUUGACCUCGUAGAGCAGUGUCGUACAUACAAACAAAGAGUAGUACACCUCGUCAACUCGACUUCGGAUGAGUCACUGUUAGGUCAAGGUCUGUCAUUAAAUGAUGACUUGGAGCGUGUUCUAGUCAAGUACGACGCAAUUGCUUCUGGAAUUCCUGCUCAAAUGCAUAAGCCCAAGCCUGAGCCAGGAAAAUCCACCGUUGCCGUUGAUGGUCCUCUUAUUGACACUGGUGAUAGUAGUAAUCAGGCUAACGGAGCCACAUCGAGUUCUGGUACUGGGCUUCUAAACCAGUUAUCCCUCCCAGCACCACCCACGGCUAGUCCAGCUCCUCCAGCUUCAGCCAGUUCUAAAAUAGAUCUCCUCAGCGGCGAUGAUCUUGCCCUCGUUCCUGUCACAGCGCCUCAACCGGCAAGUCCCGUUGCUUCUGAUUCAAAUGCACUUGUCCUUAUUGAUAUGUUCUCAGACAAUACUAGUAACCCGAACCCUGCUGCCCCAAGUAGCAGUUCUGCUCCCCAAACCAAUCCUUUGAACCUUCAGUCGCUACAGCAACCAAAUACUCAACCUGCGGAAGGCGGACUACAGCCCAAUGGAUUUGCUCCUAACAUGGGUUAUUCACAGUUCGAGCAGCCAUCGUACAGUCAAGGAGUCUCUUCCGCCUGGAAUGGUCAUCCGACCCAGCAGACUCAACACUUGCAACAACCACAGCAACCAUCUUCCCCAGCUUAUGGUGGGCAAGAGGGUAUGGCAUUUCCACCACCACCAUGGGAAGCUCAGGGUCAAGACUCCGCCAGUCUAACUGCAGGACCAGGCAGUCCAUUCUCGCCUCCAAUGCAAGUGACCCAGGCCGUCCUUACGCAUGCUCAACCGGUUAACAACGGGGCAUAUCCUCAAGUACCUCAAAACAAUCAGAUGGGCGGCGGUAUGUACAUGCAACCAAUGCCGAACCAACCCUUCCCGACAAAUCAGCCUUUAGGGUUAGGGUUCCAACCCCAGCAGAUGAUGCCUCCUCAAGUGUACGGCCAACAACCGGUAUACGGAAACCAGAUGGGCGGAUACGGAUAUGGAUACGGCUAUGGACAACCGCAACAAGGGAGCCCAUAUCUGGACCAACAAAUGUACGGUAUGUCCAUCAGGGACGAGCGAAAUCCGUCUUCCAACCAGGUAUCAUCUUCUUCUACCCCGUCUUAUCUGCCUCCGAUGAAACCUAAGAACAAUCCCCAGGAUAAGCUGUUUGGAGAUCUCGUAGACAUAUCGAAAUUCAAGCCCGGAAAGCCUACCUCUUGAAGAGCUGGUAGUAUGUGAGAAUGCUCGCAAAAGAAACGAGGGCUGUUUCUAGUGUAAUAUUUCACUCUUGGCUCCUUCAUCGGGGUUUAAGCUAACUCUCGUCUAUUAUAAGUGAUACAGCUUCUGGGUUGGACCUUUGGUAGUGGAUUUGUAUAUUUUUUCUGUGUAGAGGAAAGCUUGAAACUUUGAAGACUCGGGCUGUUGGGUUUUGCUUGUGAGAUUUUCAUCUUUAUUUUUAUUUUUCAUAUCAUAAGGUUUGUCUUGAACCUUUCCGUUUGAUUCCGUCGGAAAUAAUAUUUUUCUAAACUCCGAUUUCGUAAA